CGACAAACUCCACUUCAGGGCCAAUCAAAUGUUCUCUAAUCGAAUGCCUCAAAUCCUCCGGCACAUUGCCGGACAUUGCAGCCUUAACAAAUGGGUGGUCUAUGCCUGCUACAUCUGGGAUCUCCAUUAUAGCCGCCAUCUCCAAUGCCUUGUUGCUUGUUCCUGGGUUGGCUGAGGGCUCCUUUGACACGACUUGUUGUCUGGCUGAUCUGUGCGUGGGAUACGACAUUUCCUGCGCUUGUUGUGUGGGUGAGCCCAGCUUGGAUAACAGCCGUGCCUCCAAGAUUGCGUUUGCCUUGUCUACAGGGUUUUGGUGGCUACGUGGAAUCACAAACACAGCGGCCAUGGCGGAGGCACUGACAGAAAGCGUGGCGAGUAGAAGUUUCAUGGUAAUUUGUAACAACUAUAAUAUUAAUAAUAAUAGUAAUGAGACUGGCGUGUGUUUGUGUGUAUGUAUGUGUGUGCUAUUGUAAAUAAAAAAUAAUGUUUGACAAGAAAAUUGGCUACCACUGGCUUGACAGCUUAUAUACAUGUUGAAAGCAAAGUGACA